AUGGCUCUUGUCGCCCAAAGCGCAACCUUCAUCCACCAGUAUAUCUCUUCGUUUCUUCACUCCAAGCCCCGUAAAUCUCCUGAAGCGCUGAAGCUAGGUAUUCUAUCCUCGGCGCAGAUCAAUGCCGCUGCAGUUAUCCACCCCGCGGAAACACAUCCGGAUGUAAUCUUAUACGCUAUUGCGUCUCGCGACGCUUCGACUGCCGCUCAGGCAGCUAAACAGUACAACAUCACCAAAUCGUACGGGUCAUAUCAGGAACUCUUGGAUGACCCUGCUGUGGAUAUUGUAUAUGUGUCCACCCCCAAUGGACAACAUUAUGAAUGGACUUCCAAGGCCCUCCAGGCUGGAAAGCAUGUGCUCUGCGAGAAGCCAGUCACAUCAAACGCAGACGAAGCAAAGGGCUUAGUGAGCCUAGCCAACGAGAAAGGAUUGACACUUGAAGAAGCUUUCCACUGGCAAUUCCACCCUGCAGCACAUGCAUGGCGGCAUAUUCUAGAGUCCGGCCAGCAUGGCAGGAUUCUGCGGACGAAGGCUGUGAUGACGGCUAGUCCCGGUGUACCGAAGGGAGAUAUCCGAUGGCAAUAUGAUCUAGGUGGUGGCUCGGCGAUGGAUAUGACGUACGCCCUAUCAUUCACACGUUACGCCCUCCGCGCACGGCACCCUAAAGCCAUCAACUCAGUCACUGCCCGCGUCUCCAGCGACGAUCCGCGCGUCGACGCGGCCAUGUACGCCUAUCUGACAUUUGUCGGACCCCAGGAUACCGAGGUCCAUAGCCAGAUCUACACCGAUAUGGAACGGCAAUGGGUUGUUGGUGUUGUUCCACGUUUCUGGGAGUUGCCUUCAAUUGAAGUAGAGACUGAGAGGGCUAUCAUCUUCUUCUACAAUGCGAUGAUGCCACAUCUGUAUCACUACAUUGCUGUCACCGACAAGACAACGGGCCAUACACGUUACCACAAGCAAUACAAAGGAGGUCCUUUGUGGGGCAAUAUUACGACCACUGGCGGAAAAGGUGGCAGUUCGCACUGGAGUACCUAUCGAUGGCAGCUGGAGGCGUUCGUCGAUGCUGUCAAAGGCAAAACACCUACAUACUGGAUCCCCGGAGAGGAUAGCAUUUGCCAGAUGGAAUGCAUUGAUGCUUUGUAUCAAGCUGCCGGUCUACCAGAUGUGUCAUCAGAAGGGAAUACAAGUAAUCUGGACAUAUGCGAAAGUCUCCUCGUCGCAUAUAGCUUUUUGAAAGCCCGGGGCCCGAAAGACUUGUCCGGUGCUGAUGAGGUUGCUGCAAAUCAUAUUUAUUCCUGGGCAAGUGAUGCUGCACUCCCGUCUCCAGUCUAUGCUCAGCUAGGAGAUUCAUCGGAUGAGAAAAAUGAUGCUAUCCUGGAAGACCAACUAAGGUCGAGGAUUGCGUUGUCGGUGAUUGCCACAUUGAAUGAAUCACUGCCAAUAUCCAAAGCCGAGAAUGCGGCAGACAUUGUUAUUGCAUUAGCCAGCUUCUCAUCCACAGAAGAUCCAUGGACAACGGAAGAAGCAUUCACAUGUGCCACUACCGCACUGGAUAAUCUUACUCCGGCAACUGCUUCCGACACAGAAUCGAAUACCACAUUCUGGUCCGUGGUCGAAAGGAUCCUCAAGGACAAAAUUAGACCCCUCUUCGCAAAAACCAGAAACCCAGCUAUCACCUCUGCCGGACGCAAGAACUUCCACCCCGUCCCAUUACCUCGAUUCGACGCCAGUAUCCUAGACCCAGAAACCAAGCCAUGGAAGAUUCAAGACAUUUAUGCCACAACCGUCCUUUCCUGGAUAACCCAGCAAUAUAAACCCACCAACCAAACCAAUCUUGAAACCCAUUUCCCUUUGCUAGUCCCCUCAAUCCUAGCCCUAAUAGACGACGACACAACCUCCAUCAAAACAAAAGGCUGCACCCUCCUCAGACAACUUCUAACCCCAAUCCAAGCAACCAAAUCCCCAAUUCUCCACCGCACAAACCUAACCUCCGUCUUCGAAGAUGCCAUAAGACCCUGCCUCCUCUCCCUCCCCACCAUAACCCCAGAGCCUGACUCCAUAAACCUCCUGAAAGAAGCCUACCCAGCACUCCUCACCCUCCAAAAAACAACUUACACAAACACCCCCUCCCCAUCCCCAUUUCAGCAAUCCCAAUCCCAAUCCCAAUCCCAACCCAACAAACUCGAAACCUACAUAUCCCGUCUAACAACCACCCUCCGAGAAAACCUCAUCCCAUCAUUCCACCACAUCAGCUCAACAGAUACGACCUCGCUAUCAUCUGACUUCGCAUCAUUCCCGUAUCCGCGUCUCUCGACGCUGCUUUUGGAGCAGAUCGUGACUGUCCUGGGAGAGCUGGGUAUCCACACGACGAAGUUCCUGCAGGAUAUUAUUCCACUAUUGCAUAAUACGCUGGCGAAUCCGUUUGGACCGGCUUAUCCGCCGAUGCUUUUGGGUGCUGUGGAGGUUGCGAGAAUGGUGGUUUUGAAUGCGCAUCCGCGGGUGUGGAGGUGGAGGGGGGAGAUUUUGGGUGCGGUGUGCGCGUGCUGGCUUCAUGUUGUUGAGGAGGAGAGUGAUAUUGUGGAUCGGGUUAAGAGGAACGGGUUGUCGGGGGAGAGUGAGAGUAAGAGUGAGAGUGCGGUUUUGAGGAGGCUUAGGAAGGAGUUGAGGGGGGUGGUUUAUCUGCUGAAAUUCGCUUUGCAGAAUUCCAUUCAAGUGGAUGGUGGGGAGGGUCAAUUGGAGGCGAAGGAGAAUCUGGACAAGGAGUUGCGAGAGUUGGUUGAUGCGGAUGAGAGUUUAAGUGGUCUUCUUUUAGAAGAGAUUGAUGCCAAUGAUGGGAGCUUUUUUGGGGAAGCCUAG